CCCAUCACAAUCAUAAACAUCCAUUUCUUCUUUCUAACAAUGCCUAGCAUCUUCAAAUACCUAUCUCUCUUUGCAAGCCUUGGAAUGACCCAAAUCAUUCCAUUCGAUCAGCCAUUGCCAAUCCUUACCAGUCCAGUGGUUCAAGUACAGGCUGGGAAGGAGCUUCAUUACCAGCUUACGAACUUCCGAAACUCAACUUGUCAGGCGACAUUAAGCUUUCAGAAUGACACCUUCUUGCCAGUCUCUGCUUUCGCGAGCCCAAGGAACUGUGCAGGCGAUCAAGUAGCGAAGCUCCGAAUCCCAGAAAGCGUGCCAAACGGUGCGGCUGCUCUUGAAUGGCAGUGCUCUGGUACUGACGGUACUGCUGUGAACCUCAUGGUCAUCUCAGGUGGAGAUGGAGACUGGGAACGAUUUGUGGCGGAAAGCGAAGAAGUUCGCAUCAACGUGCAAUGUUGGGCAAAUGUAACAGGCGCCAUCAGCCCACCGGGCAAUUCAUCUUGUGUGUAG